UAAGUAACGUCAUACAGCGUACUCGUGUUUAGUUUGUGUGUGUACGCAAAGCUUAAACAUGAACACUUUGUAUUUAGCAUUUGUACUUGUUCAAAAUGCACAUCUGUGUUUUACUUUAUCUGUAGAAGUAGUAAAGGCAAAUUGUAGGGACCCGGAAGCUGCUAUUGUUUUCAUUCCCGCAAAGGAUAUACAUGGGGACAGAUACACACCUUUAGCUGAGGAGAUCAUACGGCGAAGUGAUUUGAAACUAUGGGUUGCCAUAUUUGAUGAACAGCCAUUUCUUGCUGACAUGCCAUUUGCAUUUCUAUCGGCAUUUACACAUUUAAAAACUCAUGGAUACAGAGGAAAGUCGACUUUCCUGGCUGGACAUGGAGAUGGAGGUCUAGUAGCUGCUCGUUUUGGCACUUUUUCGAGUUACCUUCUUGGUGGAGUUUUGUUAUAUUCUUCAUAUCUGCCUGAUGGAAGUCUUCUUAAUAAGUAUCCGACACCUGUUUUGACCAUUAGCGGAGAUCUGGACGGAUUAACGAGAGUUACAAAAAUUGUCGACAUAUUCGAAGAGUUACAGGCAGAUAUUGCACAAUACCCAACACAAAAGUAUAAAACUCCGGUAAUUAUGAUGGAAGGUGUAAACUUCGGACAAUUUGCAUUCGGCAAACUACCAUGGUGGUACGCUGAACACGAUUUAACACCAGAGGUAACGCACUUAGAUGCUUAUCACACUAUAGCUGACUACACGAGCGCAUUCAUGGUAUCUGCACAAAACGCCUUAAAGACGAAUGUGACAGCAGCUCGUGCUUUUCUGGAUCAGGGGUACUCAAAUACUCAGUUAUUACUGCAACCUCUUUCACAGGUGAAAGCUUUAGACCAGAACAUAGAGUUAGUAUCUCAUUGGACAACUACUGCUCAACAGCUUAUUGUUAAUUUGCUCAAUUCCACAUCAGUUGAGUUUGUAAAUCAUGAAACUGGUUCUGAAAAUGCUAGAAAGGAAAAACAACCAAAUCCAUCGAUUCUGACAGACGAUUUACAGAUUGUCAGCUCAACAUCAAUAAUGUUUGAUAAAAGACCGAAAGAUAGCUCAGUGUAUCCACAGAGUCCAGUGCAACUAAAAGCAACAAUGACCAGUCAAGAAGAAGUGAGAAAGAGGAUAGGAACUAACCAGUUUGGAGAUCCUGCAUCAUGCCAGGAUAUUAAUCAGGAUGCAUUUACGCUAGCAUUUUCGAAAUCAUCGAGGACUGCACAAUCAAGAUAUCAAGCAAAGGGACGACCAAUCAAGUUUCUUAAAGACGUAAACGUGUCUUCAAAAAGCCAUUGGAAUCGAGCUUACUUACAUUUAACGUAUAACAAUACGGGACUUUUUGUGGGAGCAACUCGAUUCCACACAACAGAAACCAACCCAGAUAUCAGUAUAUCUGGACAAGAUGACUGUACUUUAUUAUCUCCUUACAGAGUAAUGGAAUGGAUAUAUAUUGAUGCAUUAAAAAAUUCAAAGCCACAACGCAAUAAAAGCCUUUGACAGGAUAACUA